GAGCCCAGUGCGCAUGCGCGCCGCGGCAGCACACCACUGGGCCCGGGACGCGCCGGCGGUGGCGGAGAGUCCAGGGCUGGGGCGCCUACCGCCCGCCCCGCUCGCAGAGCCCGGCCGCCGCGCGUCGUCCGCACACGCCGCCACCGCCAUGGGCUCCUGAGGCUAGCUUGUCACUUACUGCAAGGGUUUCCCUCAGGGAGCCUCCUGCUGCUGGGCACCAUGACAGUGAGGGGGGCUGUGCUGGCCCCAGAUCCAGCGUCGCCCACGACUGCAGCAGCCUCGCCCAGCGUCUCCGUGAUCCCCGAGGGCAGCCCCACUGCCAUGGAGCAGCCUGUGUUCCUGAUGACAACUGCCGCUCAGGCCAUCUCUGGCUUCUUCGUGUGGACGGCCCUGCUCAUCACAUGCCACCAGCCCAGGUCUCAGCUGGGCCAAGUGUGAUGUCAUGAGAGCUGGAACGAGACACCCAGGGGCUGCCGGGACUGAGGACCGUGGUAGAGCAGCUCUUGGCAUUUAUCUACAUGCACCUGCGCUGCUACAGCUGCCCCAACGAGCAGCGCUACAUCGUACGCAUCCUCUUCAUCGUGCCCAUCUACGCCUUUGACUCCUGGCUCAGCCUCCUCUUCUUCACCAACGACCAAUACUACGUGUACUUCGGCACCGUCCGAGACUGCUACGAGGCCUUGGUCAUCUAUAAUUUCCUGAGCCUGUGCUAUGAGUACCUAGGAGGAGAAAGUUCCAUCAUGUCGGAGAUCAGAGGAAAACCCAUUGAGUCCAGCUGUGUGUAUGGCACCUGCUGCCUCUGGGGAAAGACUUACUCCAUCGGGUUUCUGCGGUUCUGCAAACAGGCCACCCUGCAGUUCUGUGUGGUGAAGCCACUUAUGGCGGUCAGCACUGUGGUCCUCCAGGCCUUCGGCAAGUACCGGGAUGGGGACUUUGACGUCACAAGCGGCUACCUCUACGUGACCAUCAUCUACAACAUCUCCGUCAGCCUGGCCCUCUACGCCCUCUUCCUCUUCUACUUUGCCACCCGGGAGCUGCUCAGUCCCUACAGCCCCGUCCUCAAGUUCUUCAUGGUCAAGUCUGUCAUCUUUCUCUCUUUCUGGCAAGGCAUGCUCCUGGCCAUCCUGGAGAAGUGUGGGGCCAUCCCCAAAAUCCACUCGGCCCGCGUGUCGGUGGGUGAGGGCACUGUGGCUGCUGGCUACCAGGACUUCAUCAUCUGUGUGGAGAUGUUCUUUGCAGCCCUGGCCCUGCGGCACGCCUUCACCUACAAGGUCUAUGCUGACAAGAGACUGGACGCACAAGUGCCAACAUACGGCCCUUACGGCCGCUGCGCCCCCAUGAAGAGCAUCUCCAGCAGCCUCAAGGAGACCAUGAGCCCGCACGACAUCGUGCAGGACGCCAUCCACAACUUCUCACCCGCCUACCAGCAGUACACGCAGCACUCCACCCUGGAGCCUGGGCCCGCCUGGCGUGGUGGCGCCCAUGGCCUCUCCCGCUCCCACAGCCUCAGUGGCGCCCGCGACAACGAGAAGACUCUCCUGCUCAGCUCUGAUGAUGAGUUCUAGGUGCGGGCUGUGGUGGCAGAAGUGCUGGUGCCGUAGCCAUGGUCAGGCUGUGCCCCACCUCCAGCCACACCACCAGGCCAGGAGGCAGCUGGCACAGCACUCACGCCACCAUUUAUUUAUUGGACCAGAAACACAUGUCACUUCCAGAGGACACGGGGACAGCCAGGCUCGCCCAUGGGCCUUCAGGAAUAUUUAUACACGGCCCAGCCUGCACUGCCCGGGCGAGGGCAGAGGACACUGGGAGCAAGGCUCAUGCCCCUGCUGCCCAUCCUGUGCUGGGGGCAUGCUGGGACCAGCCGCGCCCAGGCCCCAAUGCUUGUGUGUGGACCAGCGGCUGCAGCCUUCUAGCCCCUUCUCCCCGCGAGACUCUCAGGCUGAGGUCGGCAAGCCGUGGCCCCCACACACACCGUGCAAUACCCUGUCUGACCUGGGCUCUUCCCGCCUGCAUCCCUCCCCUGUCCACCUUUGUCCAGUGCUAGAUUCACCUCACCCUGGGCAGGAGCGGGGAUGUGGGCACUCUGUGGUCCUCCCCUCCUGACCUCCCUGGCAUGCUGCAAGGAUCAGAGCCAGACACCAGGAGUCACAGGCCCCACCCAGAAAGGGCAUUCACGGGCCUCUGGGCACCACUUCUGUUGAAGCAGGGGCUUCUGGCCCCUGGGUGUCCCCGCCCGUCAUGGCCACACCUCUGCCUGCCUCAUGCCCCUUCCCCCUGGCCUACCAAGGACAGCCCACAGCCCGCACUGCCGGCUCACCUGGGUCCUUCCUCAAUAGCUUUGGGCAGAGCCCUUGCUUCCUGGCUGCUCCAGGGUUCAGGGGCUCCCAGCCCUCCCUCCCAGGCUGAUGCUGGGUCCUCUCUCUCUCUGGGGCUUCUCCCUCCCAUUUCAGGGGAAAGGUCUGAGUCUCCAUGUUUCAGACCAGCUUCCGGGGGAAGGCAGUCUGGCAGGGAGGCUGGGAGGGGUGGCCACACGGUGGGGAGCUGAGAGGUGGGGGAAUGGUCCCAGACUCCUCUCGGGGCCCCCAUCUACACAGGGCCUGGUGUUCUGCCCCAUCCGGCCCCUGGCCCAUCUCUUCUGUGCCUUAGUCACAUAUGAAAGCGCCCCUCUCUGGCUCCCUGUCUGUCCCACAUGCUCCCUGGGGCUCGUUCAGCUGCUGGCGCUCACAGGAUCCUGCAGUGCUGGGCCCAGAGCCCUCAGACAGGCCUCAGGAGUGUUCAGGACCACCAAGCCCCUCCUCUCCCCCUCCACACCUCUAGACCUGGGGCCUCCGGAGCCGGAGCCCCCAGCAGGCUGGGCUUAUACCAGCUCCUGACUUAGGAAGAGCCUGGUGUCACAACACAUGUCCCUACAGGCAAAGUGUCCUGGCAUCUAAAACCCAGAUUAUCCCUGGGUUUGGGCUGCAGUGGCCUCAAGAAGCUGGUAGGGUAAGGGAGAGGGACCCUGCCGGUGUUCACUGGGGAUUCUUUCUUUUGGUCCUUCCUGGAAUGAACAGGUUCCCUCCCUGCCACCUGUGAGGAGAGUCGGGGCCUGGCUGUCUUCCUGGCCUCCUUCCUUCCCUUGUGGCAGAGGCCUGCAUGUGGGUGCCAGAGGCCAGCUCUCCCCCUCCGUCUUGGGGGGCCUGACCCGGGAAGGUGGGUGCAGACACAGGCUGAGGACCAGCCCUGGCCCUGCCCCUGCCGUCUGCUUUCACCAAGCUGUCUCCGACGUAGCUUCCCUUCUCCCUCCAGGCCAAAGUGUGCUGCUGACUCCCACCCCCUUGGUCAUCACCUGCCCCAGCGUUGCUGUUUGCGUGGAGGGUGGGGGUGGGGGGAGCUCAGUGGUAGGGAAUCAGCGGUCCCUGGGGUCAUGGGAAUGGGAACACGUGCCCAACCGCUCCAUCCCCUCCUCCUCCUUAGGAUGCAUAACCUACCUUGUCUUUUUUUUUUUUUUUUUUUUUUAAUUUUCUUUCCAGAUAGAGUAGCUCUUUGUACAUAAGGAAUACUUGAAAAAUUAAUUGUAUGAUGUAUGAGAAGACAGAGUCUCCUAGUUUUGUAUCUUGUUGUAUGACUGCCAUGAGUUCCACCAGAAAGCCACUCUAUUUUGGUCUCUGUGACAUUUUAAAUGCGUGACAGAAGUGAGCAAAUAAAGUGAGGAAGAAUAUAUAUAUGAGAUAAUAUAGAUUGUAUUGAAAUCUC